AUGAGUGAAUCAAGCAAAAUCAACUAUUCCGGUUUUAUGAAUGAGAUUAAACCAAAAGUAACUCGAAUUCUCAAUGAAUAUCUUCAUCAACACACGGCUCUUAAAGUUAACUGUGAACUAUUUGCGAUGUUUUACAAACCCGAGAAUGAGAUUUCAGAUAUUAAGUCAAUGAAUACAUCUAAUAAAAUCUUCACUUUGAGUAGUGACAUAUCCGACAUGUAUAAUGACUUUUCUGAAGCGAUAUUAACACAAGCAUCCGAGUUCCAGGAGAAAGAUUCCAACUGGGCACUUCAGGAAAUUCUAUUUUUAGAUGUCAACAUUAACAAAUUCAGUACCAUUUCUGCGUCAUCAUAUAUUAAUCUUCCAUCACAGAUUAAAAGGAAAGGUGCAAUCUUAAAUAUUCAAAACAAAGAUAGCAAGUGUUUUGCUUAUUGUGUUAUAGCCGGAAUAUUUCCUAGUAAUGGUGACCCCACGAAACCAGAGUCAUACCCUCCUUGUGACACACUUCUAAAUUUUAAUGGUAUCGGGUUUCCGGUUAAGUUAAAGGACAUUAACAAGUUCGAGAUUUUAAACAAUAUAUCAGUUAACGUGUAUGGUCUUCAAUCAUAUUUUAAAGAAAACAAGAUGCAAUAUGAAAUUGUAGGACCACUGUACUAUACUCAACACCAUAAACCUACACAUGUUAAUCUGUUAUUAAUAAGCGAUAGUAAUCAAAGCCAUUAUUGUCUCAUAACAGACUUGUAUCGCUUAGUAAAAACUCAAAAGACAAAAUAUGAUGGAAAACAAUAUUUCUGUGAUGGGUGUCUUCAAACUUUUCCAACCCUUGAAAAGCUGAAAAAUCACCAAGAAAAUGAUUGUUUACACAUCUCUACAAUACUCCCAACUAGUGAAUUAAGAGUUAACAAGUGUGGUGAAACUCUCCCAUCCAAUAUUCUAAAAUUUAUCAAUAUUGAAAAGACAAGCCAACACCCGUUUGUAAUUUAUGCUGACUUUGAGUCGAUUCUUAAGCCAAUACACCAUUGUAAUCCAUCAGAUGGACAAUCCUACACAAUCAAAGUCGCCGAACACAUCCCUUAUGCAUUUGCAUUUUAUCUCAAGUGUAAUUAUGAUGAUUCCUUAUCAAGAUUGGAAACAUAUCAGGGUGAGGACGCUGCUAAAGUGUUUGUUCAAAAGUUAGAUGCUUUAGCUAUUAAUUUAUACCAGAACCAUCUAAAGCAUAUUAAACCAAUGGUGUCUUUGACUAGUGAAGAAAACCAGAAUUUUCAGAAUGCCAUCAAAUGCUCUAUUUGCCAGAAAUCAUUUUCCUCGUUCGACAAAAGAGUUCAAGAUCAUUGCCAUCUUACAGGAUUAUACCGAGGUGCAGCACACAACUCCUGCAACUUAAAUUUUAAGGUACCUAAUUUUAUUCCAAUUUUUUUUCAUAAUUUGACAAAUUAUGAUUGCCACAUGUUUAUUAAGGAAUUAACAACUAAUAAAGAGUAUUUAUCCGCUAUUGCGCAAACUAAAGAAAAGUAUAUUACAUUUUCAAAAUCUGUUCUAGUACACAAGAGUGAUGAUUCAAAAAAACAUAAUGUUUAUUUAAAAUUGAGGUUUGUUGAUUCAUUUAGAUUUUUAGCAAAGUCUUUAGAUAAAUUAAGCCAAACAUUAGAGUCUAGUCAAUGCAAUGAAAUAAGGAAAUAUUUCCCAGGUGAAAAAGAGUUUGGUUUAAUGCGCCGUAAAGGUGUAUUUCCAUAUACAUAUAUUGAUAGUUAUAUCAAAUUAGAAGAAAAACAUCUACCACCUAAAGAAAAAUUUUAUGAUAAUUUAAGGGGAGAACAUAUUACUACAGAAGAUUAUAACAGAGCACAGGAGGUCUGGGAUCAUUUUAACUGCCAAUCUAUGGGGGAUUAUGGAAUGUUAUAUUUAAAAUCAGAUGUACUUCUACUAGCUGACAUAUUUGAAAAUUUUAGAAAGGUAUGUCUCAAAGAAUAUAAACUGGAUCCUGCACAUUAUGUUACAGCCCCAUCUCUAACAUGGGAUGCCAUGUUAAAAUAUACCGAUAUUGAGCUUCAACUUUUAACGGAUGUUGAUAUGGUACAUUUUUUCAAAAAAGGGAUCAGAGGAGGUGUGGCUACCUGUACGAAACGAAUGGGUAUUGCAAACAAUAGAUUUUUAAAUAAUUUUGAUCCAACAAAACCGGAAACAUACAUAAUGUAUCUAGAUGCCACCAAUCUUUACGGCGCAGCCAUGAGUCAACCUCUUCCUUGGGGAAAUUUUAGAUGGUUAAAUGAUCAGGAAAUUGACCAAUUUAAUAUUUUUACUAUUGAUGAUGAUGGUGAAAAGGGCUAUGUGUUGGAAGUAGAUUUGCAUUACCCACCCAAUAUUCACGAACAACAUAACGAUCUUCCAUUUUGCCCCGAAUCAAUAGUACCACCUAAAAGUAAAUACAAAAAACUGAUUCCUAAUUUAUACGAUAAAAAAAAAUAUGUUAUACAUUAUAGAAAUUUAAAACAAUGUAUACAGUACGGAUUAAAGUUAGAAAAGGUGCACAGAAUCCUAGAAUUCUCCCAAUCCCUUUGGUUAAAAAAAUAUAUUGAUCUAAAUACUUUUCUUCGAAACAACGCCAAAAAUGAAUUCCACCGUGACCUUUUUAAGCUUCUCGUCAACGCUGUGUUUGGGAAAUCCUUAGAGUGUAUUGAAAAAAGAAAGGAAAUUUUUUUGUUAUCUCAUUAUGAAAAUAGCAAGGGAAGGGUUGGAGCAAAAUCUUUAAUUGCCAAACCAGAAUUCAACUCAUUAUCAGUAUUUAACGAAAAUUUAGUUGCAAUUCAUUUAAAUAAAACCAAAAUUAUUUAUGAUAAACCUAUUUUCGUUGGUUUUUCUAUUCUAGAUGUAUCUAAGACAUUCAUAUAUGAUUUUUUCUACGGAUAUAUUAAAAACAAGUACCGCAAUAAUGUUAAUCUUUUGUAUACUGAUACAGAUUCACUCGUUCUAGAAGUACAAACACCAAACUUUUAUGAUGAUAUGAACAAAAAUCUACGUUACUUUGAUACAUCUAAUUAUUCGGAAAAUAAUCAACAUGGGGUAGACAAGACAAAGUCUAUUCUUGGAAAGAUGAAAAAUGAAUUUCCAAACACCACCAUUAAAGCAUUCUACGGUACUGGAGCUAAAGCUUAUUGUAUUGAGGCUGAUACAAUUGUGAAAAAAGCGAAAGGUGUUUCCAGACAUGUUGUUAAAAACCAACUACAUUUAAAUGAUUACAGUAGAAUUCAAACAGGUGUUAUUAUUAAUUUAAAACAUAAAGAUAUCAAAGAAUUUUUAUCUGAUGCGUUUAAUUUGUUAAAAGAGAAACUUAUAAAUAUUUUUAAACAAAUGUUGGUUGUAAAGGUUAAUACUACUUUUUGGGGAGAAUUUGUAAGACAGUCAAAUGAACAGGAAAUAAUUGACCACAAACAUUUUAAUACCCCUAAUGUAGUUCUAGACCAAGGGACUAAUUUAUCAGAAUGGUUUCAAGAACAUAUUGUAGAUUAUAUAUUAAAUAAAGUAACAGAGUUUUCCGAUGAAGGAAGUGGUUGGGCUUUACAGAAAAUUUUAAUGUUAGAAGUAGCCAUAAACAAAUAUGAAAUAGGUAAUGGUUCUUGUUUUAUUAAAAUACCAGCGCAAAUAGCCAACAAAAAAGCAUGUAUAAACAUUCAAAAUAUGGAUCAUGCUUGUUUUUUCUGGGCUAUAGUCAGUGCUUUGUAUCCUCCCAAAGGAGAUUAUAGAUUAACGAGUUCAUAUCCAUUUUAUAGGCUUGUUUUAAAUACAGAUGAUCUCGAAACACCUAUGAAAUUAAAUCAAAUUGCAAAAUUUGAAAAAUUAAAUGAUAUUUCUGUAAAUGUUUAUGCUUUGGAGUUAAACGAAACAGAAAAAAAAUCCUUUUACGUUGUAGUGCCUGCUAGGUUGACAAAAAAGAAACUAAAUCGUCAUGUUAAUUUGUUAUUAAUUCAAAAUAAAUAUUUUCCUAAAUUAAAUGAUUAUGAGGCAGUUGUAGAAGAUAAUGAAAAUACUGAUAUUAGGUUUCACUACUGCUGGAUUAAAGAUCUUUCUAAACUUUUAUCCAACCAACUCAGUAAACAUCAUGGAAAAAAAAUUUUUUGUGAUCGUUGUCUAAAUUAUUUUUCAAGCGAGGAUAAAUUAAAGGACCAUAUUGUUUUAUGUGAAAAUCUUAACGACUGUAAAAUAUCAUUUCCAAAAUAUGAUUUUGUGGAAUUUAAAAAUCAUGUAUAUAAACAGAAAGCACCUUUUAUCGUGUAUGCUGACAUUGAAUGUAUUUUGGAACCGUGUAAUACAAAAUUAUCUAAAACAACAAAAAGGUAUCAAGAACAUAAAGCGUUCUCAGCAGGUUAUUACCUAAAAUGUUCUUACGAUAAUUCUCUUUCCUAUUACAAGAGCUAUCAAAAUUUAGAUUGUAUGGAGUGGUUUGCAAGUGAACUUUCAAAAAUUGCAAAAUUUGUAGAGAGUAAAAUGUUGAAUAUAGAGCCAAUGGUGGAACAAAAAAGCACUAUUAAUGUGUCCACAUGCCAUAUUUGUGAAAAAAUAUUUAAGGCAAGCGACAUUAUUGUACGUGAUCAUGAUCAUUUUACUGGAAAAUUUAGGAACUUUGCCCACCAAGAAUGUAAUCUUUCUUUCAAAAAAUUAUUCAUAGUGCCAAUAAUCUAUCAUAAUUUGUCACAUUACGACAGUAAUUUUAUUAUAAGAGAUAUAACAAAACGUGGUCGUGUAAGUGUACUUCCUUUAAACAAAAAUAAAUAUAUAUCGUUUACACUUUUCGAUGAUGAAACUAGUAUUAAAUUUAGAUUUAUAGAUUCUUUUAAAUUUAUGAGUGCUUGUCUUGAUGAACUUGUGACAACAUUAUCUUUGGAUAAUUUUGAAAAUUUAAAGCAUGAAUUUAAAGAUUUGGACAAUAAUAAAUUUAAACUCUUAACUAAAAAAGGUAUUGUUCCUUAUGACUAUUUGGAUGAUAUAAAUAAAUUAAAUGAAAAUCAACUGCCUGUAAUUGAAAAUUUUUAUAGCAAGUUGCAUGAUUUAGAUCUUUGUGCUGAAGAUUAUACACAUGCACAAAAUGUAUGGCAAUCAUUUGAUAUACAAACGCUUGGAGAAUAUAGUAAUUUAUACAUGAAAACUGAUAUAUUGCUACUUGCAGAUGUCAUGGAAAAUUUUAGAAAAACAGCUUUGAAUACCUAUGGUUUAGACCCCGCCUGGUAUUUUACUAUGCCCGGAUAUACGUGGGAUGCUAUGCUUAAGUAUACAAAAUGUAAAUUACAAAUCUUAAAAGAUGUUGACAUGGUAAUGUUUAUAGAAAAAGCAAUUCGAGGUGGAAUUUCUGUUUGUUGUAACAGAUAUUCAGAAGCUAACAAUAAAUAUAUGUUUAACUAUGACCCAACAAAACCUAAAAAGUUUUUGUUAUAUUUAGAUGUAAAUAAUUUGUAUGGAUGGGCCAUGGCACAAUUUUUACCGUAUGGUGGGUUUAAAUGGGUAUCUACAAACAUUGAUGUGACUACCGUGUCAGACAAUUCUCCAGUGGGAUAUAUUCUAGUUGAUUUAGAAUAUCCCCAAGAAUUACAUGAUCUUCAUAAAGAUUUUCCAUUUUGUGCUGAACAUUCUGUUCCACCGUCAUCAAAAUUACCAAAAUUAAUAGCUAAUUUACAUAAUAAAAAAAAUUAUGUACUACAUUAUAGAAAUUUAAAACAAGCUAUAGCACACGGUUUGGUGUUAACAAAAAUACAUAAAGUUUUACAAUUUAAUCAAUCAGCUUGGUUAAAACCUUACAUCCAGCUUAAUACUGAUUUGAGGGCCAAAGCUACUACAAACUUUCAAAAGAAUCAGUUCAAAAAUGCUAAUAAUUGUGUUUUCUGCAAAACAAUGGAGAAUAUUCGACACCAUAGGUUAGUUAAAUUAGUCAAAAAUUGGAAUGGUCGUUAUGGAGCCAAAAAUUUAAUUGCUAGCCCAAGAUUUCUUAACAGAACAGUUUUUGAUGAUGAUUUUAUGGCCAUUGAAUUAAAGAAAGCUGAGCUAAUUUUUAAUAAACCUUUGUACAUUGGAAUGUCAAUUUUAGAUAUUUCAAAAACUUGUAUGUAUGAAUUUCACUACAACUUUAUGUUACCCACAGUCGGAGUUGAAGAUUGCAAGCUAAUGUAUACUGAUACUGACAGUUUUAUUUAUGAAUUGGCUUGUGAUGAUGUAUAUAAUGAUAUAAUUUACAAAAACUUGGCUAAAUUUGACACAUCAGACUAUGAUGAAAAUAAUGUCUUUAAAAUUCCAUUAGCCAAUAAAAAAAUACCCGGUUUAAUGAAGGAUGAAGCUAAUGGCAAAAUAAUGACACAUUUCGCCGGACUUCGUUCAAAGAUGUAUUCCUACAAAAUACAAGUAACUAAGGAGGAGAUAGAACUCUUAAGAAAAAAGCUGGUGAAGAAAGGCUUUAACAAAAAACGUAUUGCUGGUAAACUUAGAAAUAUAGGUAUUGGAAAAAAAUCUAAAGGUAUUAAAAAGACUGUUGUUAAAAAUAAAAUUACAUUUGAGGAUUAUGUUAAUUGCCUUAAAGAUUUUAAAGAAAAAAUUGUAACCCAACAAAGUAUUUGUUCUUAUGCGCAUAAGGUUUUUAGUAUAGAACAAACAAAAAUUGCAUUAAGUCCUUUUGAUGACAAACGUCGAACAAAUAUGUCUCUGCAAGAGCUUUGCAUUAAAACUAUUUGUGAAAGUGUUAGCAAUAUAUGUGACUUUCUCUACAUAUGUCCUCUUGAAUCACCUGUGGGUAUGGAAAUUUGUCAAAAGUAUGCUAUGUACAAAUUUGAUAAAUUAGUAAGAGAUAAUGUAGUGUCCUAUGAAGCAGACUUAGGGCGUGUUUCUUACCGUGAGGAAUCAUGUAAAGAUUGCUUUUCUAAAGCUAAUAAAUAUGUAGCAACUUCAAAAUUUGUAAACUUUAAUGAAUACAAUCUAAAUUUUUGUUUUGAUUGUGCACGUGAUUUUGAUAAAAUGUUAAGAAUGCUUUACAUAUUUCCUACAUACAAGCACAUUGAGUCAAGUAAAAUCUAUACUACAACUAAUAUAUCUGAACUUUUCUAUAAUAGAAAUUCCCGAUGUCAAAAUUCAUUUGAUCAUUUUCUAUUUACUAUACACACAGUCUACGACUGCAACUGCAUUGAGAAAAGUAUGUUACUACAAGAAAUUUGUCUUAAAAAUAUUUGUCAGAAUAUUAAAAGUAUUAGUGAAUUUGCAAAUGUGUCAUUGCUUCCUUGGAGACUAACUCUCGAAAUUUUAAAAAAGUAUGUUAAAUACAGAAUUGAAAAACUAAAUACAGGUUAUAAACUAAUUAAUUUACAAUACUCUUGUUCAACAGAACUAUUAAGACAUAAAAAAAGAAAACACGAAUGUCAGGUGUGGUGUGUUUCAUCCAAUUAUUUUCAAGUUUUAGAUUAUGAUCUGAAUUUAUGUUUUAAUUGUUUCAAAAUAUUUUAUCAAGGAUUAAAAUCAAACGGUAAAAAUUGUAAAUACACACAAAUUAUUUCAAAAGAAACUUUAUACAGAAAUCAAUUAAACGUUAAUAUUUGUAACAAAAAGUUAAUCUGUCAGAAUGAGUUUAAUCAUUUUUUGUUUACUUGGAAAUAUGAUACUGUUUUAACUUCAACACCAUUGCUUUCAACACCAUUGCCCACAACGCCAUUUUAUAUUUGUCAACCUGAUAAAUAUCAUAGUAAAUGCAUUGUAACUGUACGUGGAAGUAAAAAUAUGACCCUUAGUAAGACUCACUACAUUUUAGACAAUAAUACUACAUCAUACAUAAUACCUGUUACUGGAAAAGUUGAGAGUAUUCAGUCUUUUCCUAGUACAUUACAAAUUCAUUAUAAAAACCGAGAUAAUUCUAUUCAUCAGCUUGUACAUGAUAAUAUUGUGACUAAAGGUGACAAUAUGCAAUUUCUUCUUGGAACCAAAAAGUCUACAUCAGACAAACUAUACGUGGAAUUUGUUAUUCAAUGUCCUUUGAGUAAGGAUUCCUUAUAA